AUGACAGUUCCUCAGCCUAAAACAGCAGCAUCGACUAUGCAGCGCAAACCCCCUACGGGAAUGUCUGUGCUGGUAGUAGGCUCUGGAUUGGGAGGCUUGACAUUUGCAAUUGAAGCAUAUCGACAAGGCCAUGAUGUCCAAAUCAUCGAGAAGCGACCCAAGCUUGAAGACUUUGGUGAAGCCAUGAUAAUCCAGGCGCCAAUUCACAAGGACUUCAAGGCAUGGCCAGGCUUUUUAGAGAAGGUGCUUAAACACACAGUCCAACCCUCUGAAAUCCAUUUGUUCCAGCAUAAUGGAAAGAGUCUGGGCAAUUUUCCACUUGGAACUCCAGAGCUUCCCUCUCUAGCUGUUAAUCGACUUGGUAUGCACAUCGAGCUUGCGCAAUACGCGAAAGAUUUAGGGAUCGAGACUCAAUACUCAACUCAUGCCGCUGAGUACAUGGAGACUGAUGAUGCCGGGGUUGUGGUUCUGUCAGACGGUCGCAAAUUGACUGCAGACGUAGUUGUCGCAGCCGACGGUGUUGGAUCGAGGUCAUGGAAGUUGAUUCUCGACAAGUUCGAGAAGCCCGUCAGCUCAGGGUAUGCAAUUUACAGGGCAGAUUUUCCUACUAGCGACGCUAUGAAGAACCCCAUCAUUGCAGAAUACUUCAAUGGGGCUGAAACCAGGAUGGAGCUACAUUUUGGACCGAAUGCUCACGGCGUAAUAACGAAAAUGCCGCAUCGUAUUUCCUGGGCCUUGACCCACAAAGAUACCGGGCAUGCAAAGGAAGAUUGGUGGUGGACUACCUCAGCAGACGAUGCAUUACCAUUCGUGGAGACAUGGUCACCGUUCGUGAAAGAGAUUAUCAAAUUUACGCCAGGUAAUUCGUGCAUUGACUGGCAGUUGAUGUGGCGCAACCCGCAACCAAAGUGGGUUUCACCAAAGGGACGCGUAGUUCAGAUUGGUGAUUCCGCACACACGUUCUUGCCCAGCUCUGCAAGCGGUGCUAGUAUGGCCAUGGAGGAUGGUUUCUCGCUUGCAGCUUGUCUGCAGAUGGCCGGGAAGCAAGAAAUACCUCUUGCCAAUCGAGUUCACAACAAGCUAAGAUUUGAGCGUGUUGCAUGCGCCCAAAAGAUGGGCUUCAAGAAUCGCCAGAAGUUCCAUACCUCCGAUUCUGCCAACGCUGAGGAGAACCCAGAAAGCAUUGGGAAUUUCACUGGGCAAUGGCUUUUGCGUCACGACCCCGUGGGGUACGCUUACGACAACUUCCAAGCUUGCGCAGACCAUUUGCUCUGGAGAACUGAGUUUAAGAAUACAAAUCUCGUACCAGGGCAUACUUUCAAACAGUGGACCGUGACGGAAUUUCUUGAAGCUCAAGAGCAAGGCAGGGUUGUUGAGGAAGAUGGAGACUGGUCCUAG